AGGUUGAGCAGCUUGCAUCUCGCCUCCUUGUCUGCCGUUUCGUCUGCAUUUUGGGCUUAAUGCGGUUCUGACUUGGGUUCCUUUUAUAAAAUAAAAAGGGGGGGGGGGGGGGUCGGUUUUUGCUGAAGCUAAAAGUUUCCACUUGCAGAGAAUACUUUCUUUUAGGAGCUCCCCUUGAGGUUUAGUUUGUUUUCGGGCCUCGUAUUCUCGACAAAACAAUGGACGGCGAGCAACUGAUGAGUAGUGAAUUCGACGAUUCGUUCAAUGCCCUCAUGGUUUCUGGAGGUGGUGAGAGUGGACAGUCACAGAAUGGGGGCACAGGAACCAGCUUGUUAGGUUGGAAGGACCUUCCCAUGGAGCUGCUCCUGAGGAUAUUAUCAAUGGCUGGAGAUGACAGGAUGGUCAUCGUGGCCUCUGGUGUCUGCACCGGUUGGCGUGAUACGUUAGAAUGGGGAGUCACGAAUCUCUCUCUUUCGUGGUGCCAGGCUCACAUGAAUGACUUAGUGAUGUCACUUGCUCAGAAAUUUGUGAAGCUGCAGGUUCUUUCUCUACGACAAAUUAAACCUCAGCUUGAAGACAGUGCAGUGGAGGCUGUAGCAAAUAACUGCCAUGAUUUACGCGAGUUGGAUCUUAGCAGAAGCUUUAGACUUAGUGAUCGAUCCUUGUAUGCUCUGGCACAUGGGUGCCCCCAUCUUACUAGGCUCAACAUCAGUGGAUGUUCCAAUUUCAGUGAUGCUGCUUUGGCCUAUCUCAGUAGUCAGUGCAAGAACCUGAAAUGCUUGAAUCUGUGCGGGUGUGUGAGGGCAGUUUCUGACAGAGCAUUGGAGGCCAUCGCCUGUAACUGUGGCCAGCUGCAGUCUUUGAACCUAGGCUGGUGUGAUAGUGUAACCGACAAGGGAGUGACCAGCUUGGCAUCAGGAUGCCCUGAACUUAGGGCUUUGGAUUUGUGCGGCUGUGUUCUUAUAACAGAUGAGAGUGUGGUCGCUCUCGCGAACGGCUGCCCUCACCUGCGGUCGCUGGGGCUCUACUACUGCCAGAACAUCACCGACCGGGCCAUGUACUCGCUGGCGGCGAACAGCCGGGUGAAGAGCAAAGGCGGCCGGAGCUGCAGGGACGCGGCGAGGAAGAGCGACGGGCUGGCCAGCCUGAACAUCAGCCAGUGCACGGCGCUGACGCCGCCGGCCGUCCAGGCGGUGUGCGACUCCUUCCCGGCGCUCCACACCUGCCCGGAGCGGCACUCCCUCAUCAUCAGCGGCUGCCUCAGCCUCACCUCCGUGCACUGCGCCUGCGCUCACCACCCGCACCGCCCCGGCAGAGCCAUCCUCUCCAACCACGCCUACUAGCUCGUCUGUCUCCUUGUAGAUGUUAGAAGUGAAACUCGUCUUUGCGAGGGGAGGAGUUGUAAAUUAAAACCCCAGGAUUGC